AUGGCUACUGAAAGAGUCCCCGUGCACACAAAGGCAGCAUCAGACCAGGACACUGCCCAGCUAGUCAAAGAGCACUCGCAUGCAUUCCAGAACACAUUAAACACAACUCAAACGGAUAGCCCGGCUAUUGCUGAGACAGAAAAUCCCGAUAUAGACAAUGACCUAAAGACAGGGUCAGGGCUUGAGGCACCUAAGCCUACAGACACCAAGCCCGCUCCAGAUACCAAGCCACCUGUGACAGAGCCCGCAGGAUCUCCCAUCGGCGCUAUUCCCAUUGCCCGCGAGUCGCAGGUUUCAGUAGGGCCCAUGAAUGAAACAGUGGCAGGCGAAAAGCGUGACAUUGAUUCAACUGUGACGCCCACUCCGGCACCGGCUGAGGUCGAGGCGCAACAAAAGCCUGAAUUGUCGGAUGAGCCUGAUACCAAGAAGCUGAAGACAGACGAAAAGGCUGCCACGGAGUCCAAUGGCACCGCUGCUGCUCCCUCUAGCACAGAAAAUGCAGUACCGAAGAAGGCUAGUCGGUCCAAGAAGGAUAAGAUCAAGGAUGCCGUGAACAAGGUUAUUCCAGGAGAUGGCAUUGGUAGCCGGACUCGCAGCCGGACCAAGGGUGCUUGA